CAAUGCUUAUCAUUCAACAGAGCACAAUACAGAGUCCCCCUUCACUAACACAUCGCGCUCUGGACAAUGGCUGUACAUACAUGCGUGCUCUUCGUUGCGAUUUUCUGCCUCACGGCGGCCCAGGUACCAAUACCCAAACGGAAACUGGGGUACGUGUUUGGAGAGGUGAAAGGUUUAACUGCGGUCAAUGUUGACGCGUUUAUGGGACCCCUGUGUCCAGACAGUAAACAGACAUUUCCUACGCUGUUACAACUAGCAAGUCACUACGGACCAGGAGUUCUUACGCUCAGGAUGCACAUGUUUCCUCUCCCGUAUCACAGGAAUUCGUUUCUUGUUGCCAUGGGUUCCGAAAUAGUCAAUCAAGCGUUCAACUCCACAUUAGGCGUUUAUAACUGGACGGGGACGAUAUACGAGAAAAUAGACAGCCUGUCAAACACUGCAACGAAAUCCAUGUCCGAAAUCCAGGUCAUUAGUAUGCUGAGCGAUAUUGCGGCUGGAUUGGGAAUUCACAAAACUACUUUCAUCCAGAAAAUGGCCGAUCCAAUGAUUGAUGAGGAUGCGCGUGUGGAGUGGAAGUACACAUGCACUCGAGGGAUAUCGGGAACGCCCAUGUUUACAGUGAAUGACGUCAUAGUACAAGCGGACGCCUCCUGGAGCCUGGACGAUUGGAAGAAAGUGAUCGACCCUCUACUAGGAAAUUCGUCCAGCUCAUCAUCUUCCUCUGUCCGUUCGUCCGUCUGUAAGAUCGGAACCACAAAAUGCGAAUACCUUCCCGGAAAAGUGGAGUGUUGUACGAAAGGAGAAGCCUGUAUACCUAAUGUAGGAUGUCGCUGUUGACGGGUUAAAAAAAAAUCUUUAUCUAUCAAAUAAAAAACCCAAACAUUGACCUCUCUAA